AAAAAACUAUACACUUGCUAUAAAAAUGAAACAAAACAAUUAGAAACAAUCACUAUCUAUUUCAUUUUAUAUGUGUGUAGAAAAAACAAGGAAACAAUUUAUCCAUUCUGUCUGUUGUGCUGUUCUGUUCGUUUCGUUCAUUGUACCCCAGCCCAGAGAGAAGGUACAAGGAGUACAAACAGUAUAGAAAAAAAAAGUGAAAAAUUAAAUAAAUACAAAAAAAUAUAUUCUUUUUAUAUAAAAAACUAAAUUUAAUUGUGAAUUAUAAAUUUUAAAAGUCUCACAAAUUCCAUAAAAAAAGAAACAAAACAACACAAAAAAAGAAAAGAGCCACAGGAGAAGAUACAAAAAAAAAUCCAAGAACCUAGCAAAAAAAAAAAAAACACAAGACAGAAAGAGAUAGAAAACAGAAAAACAGCUUGUGCGUGACAAGUUGCAAAAAUUUCUUCUCUUCUUUCUCAUGUUCCACACUUCUUCUCUCGGACCGAGUUGAGAAAAAAAUAAUUUGCAUAUUCUCCAAAUCUCCACUAAAUUUAUUAGACCGCAGCUCUUUUUUCUUCUUCGUAAUUUUUUUUUUUUGUUUUAAUUUUGUCCUCAGAGUCGUUUGUGUCCUCUUCUCAAUUUGGAGUUAGAAUUUCUAAUUAAGAAAAAACAAGGACUUGCAAGUUUAGUUAUGGACUGCCCGCAUUUAAAUGACAAUUGCAAGAUAAAUCGGGGAUUAAUUCGAUCAAAAAAGUGUCAGCUGAUUGAUGGACGUUGCACGACAACGACAACUAACACCAACCCCAAUCAAACAACACCUUCAACGGAAAGUGGUGGUGGGGUCGGGGUGGUUCUUGUGGCAGCAGACAGCACCAGCAACAGCAGUGGUUCCGUCCUGCCGCUGCCGGUGGUGGUUACACCCGCCGUCACCGUCAGUGGCCAACAUCAAAGCCAACAGCAGCAGAAAUUAUGGAAAUGUUCAGAAUGCAAAUCAGAGAAAAAUAACUGGAUAUGUCUGCAUUGCGGCGCAGUAUUAUGUGGCCGUUAUGAGAAAGCUCAUGCUCUGAGUCAUUUUAAGGCGAAAAAUCAUAAAGUCUGUAUGAAUACUCUUGAUUAUUCUGUGUUUUGUUAUAAAUGUGAUGAUUUUGUCAUAAAUGAAACAAAUUCUGUCGAAGAAAUUCGUCAAGAACUCAAAAGUGAAGAUGAUUCCUGUUCGGAGACAUCAUCUUCAUCAAAAUCACAACAAGAAACUGCAAGUGUUUCCUCAAAUGACUCUGGCUGGGAAGACACUCCAAAACCAGGUAGAAAACUGCGACCACGUAAGCGAACAAUUUCAAGUGAAAGUGGUGAUAGUGCAGCGACACCCAAAAGGAAGUCACUUCGAAAGGUUGUAGGAUUAAGGAAUUUAGGCAACACUUGCUUUAUGAAUUCUGUUCUACAAUCGCUAAGCCACAUCAAAGAGUUUAGUUGUUAUUUUAAUGCACUUCCUUGUCUAGAGCCAAGUGGCAAACAAAAACAACAACGUGUCUAUUGUUCACGUAGUCUAAAAGAAAGCAUGAGCGAUGCAAAUGUUGUAGAAGAACUCCGCAAAGUCUUGUUAAAUCUCAGCAAGGGUGGUGAUGGCUCCAAAGCGAUAUCACCUGAAUGUCUCUUUUUGGUCAUUUGGAAGGUAGUUCCUCAAUUCCGUGGUCAUCGUCAACAUGAUGCCCAUGAAUUCUUACGCUACAUGCUGGACAGAUUACAUACCGAAUUGCAACACCUCAGCAUCGAUGUAACACCUCUGUUGGCUGCUGCCGAGGGCAAAACUCCAACAAUCAUAGGAAGCAAUGGUAAGUCCAUCGCUUAUGGUGGAAAUGUCAAUUCAAUUGGUUCGUCGUGCUACAAAGAUGUUGUCUCAUCAUCAUCAUCAUUCACUCUAUCACAAUCAUCAUCAUCUUCAUCUGCAUCUCCUUCUACACCAGCGAAUAGCAAUUACAAAGGUGGACGUAGUUCGAUAGUGACAAAUGUUUUCGGUGGAACCCUGCAGAGCGAAGUGCGUUGUCUAAUUUGUGGCAUGGAAAGCAAGAAACAUGAUCCUUUUCUCGAUUUGUCCUUGGACAUUCCAGAGAAAUUCUAUAAAGAAUGUGUUGAAUCAUCAUCAUCGAGUAGUGGCAGCAAUGGUGGAAGUUCAACAUCACCAUCAGGUAAUAGUUCAACAGCAGAGCCAAAGGUUAAACCACUUUGUAAUAUCAGUGAUUGCCUAUCAAGUUUUACUGAGGUUGAAGAACUGGCCCAAAAUGAGCUAUACUACUGCAGUUCCUGCAAAUGCAAGCAAAGGUCCACAAAACGUUUUUGGAUCCGAAGGCUACCCAAUGUCCUUUGUUUGCAUAUAAAGCGUUUUAGAUGGAAUAAUUUUUUCAGAACCAAACUGGAUUUGAGAAUUUCAUUUCCAAUUAAAUCGCUAGACAUGUCCCAAUAUGUUCUGAAUAACAUGCCCGAAACAAGGAGAACCAGCCAGUCGUGUAAUGUCUACGAUUUGGCAGCUGUAAUUGUACAUCAUGGAAAUGGUUCAAGUUGUGGUCAUUAUACAUCUUUUGCAAUAAACAAUGGAACUUGGUUGCAUUUCAAUGAUCACACUGUUAAGGAAGUUCCCUCAUCGGCUGUGGCCGAAUGUAAACCAUACAUACUCUUUUACAUCAGGAGAGACAUUAAUGGAACUACAAUCAACAGUUUGAAUAUUAAAAACUCAUGAGAUUAAACAGAAAAACAAAAAUACAAAAAAAAAAUAUGAUUUAAGACAGCAAACAAAAUAUUUCUUAGUUAGGUUUUAAGAGACUGAUUUCCCCAAAACAUGCAUAACAUACAUUAAAUCCGCAUUUUAUAAAUUUCUUUUUUGUUGUACUACUAUUACCCCCCGCCCCAGAUAACCUUUGUUUACAUUUAAUAUUUCCUCCCUCUCCAAUUUAUGAUGACAAAAACCGAUUUUUCUUUUUUUUGAUUAUUCUCACUGUUAGUUUUGUGUUUAUAUAGAACAGAUAAAACCGAUGAAAGUAUUAAUUGUAUAUAUUAAAAAAAAAAAAGAAAAAGAAGACAAAAUUCUAAAUGACAGAUAAAAAAUUUUAUUAAAACAAAAUAAACUACAGAAGCCCAAUAGCACAGACAAAACAAAAAAUAAACUUGGUCUGUUUAUUUUAUGAUA